AUGGAGGAGGCGGCGGCGGGUGAUGCAGCUGAGGCUGGGGUAGCGGGAACUGGUUUGGCUGAGGCUGCUAAUGCUGCUGAGCUUGGGGCCGCGCUGCCUGUGGAGACCGAGGCGGCUGCUGUGGCUGGAGAGAUGGAGACGGCACGGGUGGCGAAACCAACGGCUGCUGGGGGACCGACAGGGGGCGCUGAGGCUGAGACAGGGGCGGCAGAGGUGGCGACAUCAGCAACUGCGGCAGCGGGGUUUGAGGUAGAGACAGAGGGGGCUGCCGGGAAUGCUGCUGCUUUUGGCGGCGACUCAGCUUCACACACUGCCUCGUUCCAGGAAACGGUGCCGCGGUUUGUGGGGCGGGGACCGGCGGUUGCGCGGGAAGAGGCACCGGCAGCUGCUGAGACGGCUGCUGCGGCGGUAAGGGACGCGAGCCCAGGGGAGGGAGGCGUGGCGGCUGGCGUUGAGUCCGCCGAAACGCCUGCUGCUGCCGUGGGUGCAGACACGCACGGGAACAACCGGAGGGCGGGUGGUACAAUGGGUCAUGGGACCGGAGCCGCUGCGCACACCGCUCGUGGGAGGGGUGGGAGGAUCUUUCGCGCCCAGCCAGCGCCGAGGCGGCCCGGAGCUGGACUGGGACCUGGAGAGGAGGAGGCCUCAAAGGAAAUCUUUCUGGAUGACGAGUCCACACCCAGGAGGAACAACCCAGAACCCCAAGCAAGGGAGGCGGCGACGGGUCUUCCAAGAAAUAGGGUGGAACAAGGAGAUACUGCCACGAAGGAGACGGACGUGCCUUCACCGGCAGACCUGGCAGGCGACGAUGCCAUCUAG